ACCGGCUCGUGUAAACUGUAAAUUUGUUAAAAUUUAACUCCAUAAUGGGGUUUAUAUAUGGUAUUUUUAAAAGAAGCUUUAAAUUUAUAAUAUAUUUAACAUUAGUAUUAGCUUUUAUAGUUCUAAUACCGAAUUUACCACCAUACACUAAGUUUUCACACAUCCAAUUAGCACCGGAACAGGAAAGAAUUGGAGCUUUAGCACCAAACGAUGCUCUAAACAAUAUUCAAAAGUUGUAUGAAGGUAAAAUAUUGGGCCCAGAAGCAUUUCAAAUAUGGAAAAAUGAACUUUACACCUCUUUAGCCACAGGGGAAAUAGUAAAACUUUCACCAGGUGGCCAUGUAACAUUUGUUACUAAAAUUGGUAAACCUUGCACUGGCCUGAUACAAGAACAUAUUUGUGGCAGACCUCUAGGUUUUUAUAUUGAUGAAAAGAGUGGUGCUUUGUAUAUAGCAGAUGCAUAUCAUGGUAUUUGGAAAGUGGAUAUUAAAACAGACAAAAAACAGCAAUUGGUUUCACCAAAUGUACCUAUAGAUGGUAAAAAACCACAGUUCUUUAAUUCCAUCACAUUGGAUAAAAAUGGGGGUAUUUACUGGACAGAUUCCAGUAGUGACUACACAUUAAAAGAUGGAGUUUAUGUUAGUUUAUCAGACCCUUCUGGCAGGCUUUUCUAUUACAACCCAGCAACAAAAGAAAAUAAGGUUCUUCUGGAUAAUCUUUGGUUUGCGAAUGGUGUUACCCUGUCUCCGGAUGAGAGCUUUAUCAUAGUUGUGGAGACAUUAAGACAAAGAUUACUUAAAUACUACUUAAGUGGACCAAAAAAAGGAAAGUCAGAAGUAUUUGUGGAUGGAUUACCUGGUACCCCCGACAAUAUUCGUGCUCUACCUGACAAGUCUGGAAUACAGAUAGCUUUAUAUUCUGCAUCUGAUGAGAACAACCCAAUCUUAAUAAGGCAUUUAGCAAGUUUACCGACAUUCAGAAAGCUCCUUGCACGUGUAUCGCGACUGAUAGAAAUACCAUUUGAGUACCUGAACAGUCAAUUCCCUAACCCAAUCUUUGAAGAGGCUGUAUAUAAAAUUGGUCAUAUAGAAACUGUAACGCCAGUGGCCCCAGAUCUCACCGCCUUAUUGAUAGCCGAUUGGAAUGGAAACAUCAUUAGCUCUUUCUAUAACACAGACAGCAGUGUAAAACAUAUUAGCGAUGCUAUUGUAUUUAAUGACAAACUUGUAUUAGGAUCACCACACAAACAAAACUUUGUCGCAGCUGUGCCAAUACCAGAAGCCAUUAAAAAGGCAUAUUUAGCAAAUGAUUUAAAGAAAGAGAUACCUAAAGUUAAAGAUACACCUGUACAGAAGCCAACUACUAUUACUCAAAAACCUAUUACAACUACUACAACAACACAAAAACCAACAACUACUACUACUACCCAAAAACCAGCAACUACUACGACUCAAAAACCUACAACAACUUCAACUACUGAAAGACCAACAACAACUACACAGAAACCUUCAACGAAACCAAUCCCACAGCAAAAAGUUACCCCUUCACCAAAGGAGCCUGAAGUGAAACAAAAAAAGGUUGAUAAUAUUGAGAAACCUAAAACAGAAACGCCACAGCAAAAAGAACCAGAAAACAAAAAAGAGUCUCAACCAAAUGUAGCAAAGGAAACGAAACCUAAACCAAGUACAGUAAAACAAAAUUCUCCAUCAAAGCAAGCAGAGUCUAAGGCUACUGAUAGUGGCAAAGCACAAAAGAAAACAGAUGAGAAACCAAUUAAGAAACAAAAGGAUGAUAAAAAGAAAGAAGAAAAUAUUCCUAAGAAAGAAAAACCUGUACCAAACACCAUACCGAUUGUAGAAGAAAUCGUUUCAGACACAGCAAAACCAAAUAAAGAUAAAUUAAAGGUUAUCAAAAAAAGUGGACCAGAAGAAAUUCCAAACCCUCACAUAUAAAACAGAUUGUGUUACUCUUAAUAAUUUUCUCAUUAAUUUUAAAUAAUCACUCAUUAAUCUCAUGUGGGAUCUCUCAAAAUAAGUAUGUAUGGUAAUGGAUUUUUAAGACAUUUUUACAUUCCAUUUUAUAAAUCGUAAUUUAUUCUUUUUGAUGUAAUCUUUUUAAAUUUUGGUGUAAGAUAUUCUAGGAUAUAAGUAUUCACAAUUAUCUCAUUAAGAACAUGACACAUUGAGUGCAAUAUAUUGUGAUGUUAUACACUUGAUUGUUCAAACACAUAACACUUUCAUGGUUGUAUCUUUUAUUGUUUAUUGGAGGAUUGGUAAUCGCUACAAUUUUUUAUUUUAUUCUUUACCUUCAUAUUCUUUAAUGUCUAUUAAAGUUGUUGUCUAGUAUUGUUAGAGAUACCUACAUUAUUUAUAAAUCUGAUUCUUAUAGAUACCUAUUUACACCCAAAUAUUUUUCAUAAAAAUUUUACACAUUUUUAAAGUUUAUAAAA